CUCAUUGCCCAGAAUCUCUCGAGAGCAACUGAAAGGGGCGGGGAGGCCAAGAGAGGCGGUGGAGCAAUGCAAAGCUCCAUCCACAUCCAGUGCAGAAGAGUAAGAGUGUUUGUGCACACAGUCAGUCUGCAACGGUGGAUCAAAUCUGAGAAUUAAGUCGUCCCCCCCAACACCGGCAACAAUACCCAAAAGAGCCAGUGCAGCAAACGAACUGCAUCCGGGAUUGACCAUGGUGAUCAAAGUGUACAUCGCGUCCUCCUCUGGCUCCACUUCGAUUAAAAAGCAGCAGCAGGACGUGAUGGGCUUUCUGGCAGCCAAUAAGAUCGGUUUUGAGGAGUGUGACAUCGCAGCCAAUGAGGUCAACCGGAAGUGGAUGCGGGAGAACGUCCCGGAGGACUCUCGUCCAACCACAGGGAACCCUCUACCACCACAGAUAUUUAAUGAAGACAAAUAUUGCGGGAACUACGAGGCCUUCUUCGAUGCCAGAGAGGACAACGCUGUUUAUGCAUUUCUGGGUCUUACUGCUCCCCCUGGCUCAAAGGAGGCUGAGGCUCAGCUGAAGAAAGCACAACAGUAGCAUUCCCCUUUUCUGCUUGAAAACCAGACCCAACCUGACCAGGAAUACGUUGAAUAUAUAUACAUGAAAAACGUUACUCUUAAUUUUUCAGGUUUUUAUAAUUCUUUCAUGAUUGUGCCUUGUUAGUUAUUGUGAAAUGAGGUACAGCAAAAGCAAAACCAUGUUCUGCUUAUCACGACUCUGCAGUGCUUCCUCAAGCGACCUUAAACUCUCAACCCGCAAGCCCAUCGGUCAUAUGUCAAGUGAGUCAUCCAUUUAGCAUGAUUAAAAGUUGUGCAAUGUAGUAUUCUAAUCUAGACAUCCUUGUGCACAACAUAAUGUGCAAGUCAGACUCAUCAUGACAACAUUGAUUAUUAGAAGGUCUUAAAUCUCCUUGAAAUACGGAAAACAUUUCAUUUUGUGCUCAUGUUUGUUCUGUUAUUCCCAAAAAUACAGCACCUUCUGUAGGAGCAGCCCAAUCCCAUGGUUUUAUGCUUUUUGUACCUUUCCUUCAAACUGUCUUUAAGAUGUUUUAACAGCGAACUUUUUCUAAUGUGAGAAUAUAUGUUCAACAAUGAGACUUCAGGAAGCGCCAGGUGUGAUGUCGUUUGCUUUUUUAUUUUUUUUAUUUUAUUUUUGAUGAGUGGAACAGUUAUUAUGUAAGCCUCCUGUUUUGUAUUAUGUUAGAGGAUGUUAGUUAUCUUCCCUAACCUACAUUAAAAUGCGAAACUACAAA